ACUCUGCUGGGCCCUGUGAAUAAGGAGAAACCCUGGGCCCAGGUGCUCCAGGAAGGAAGUGGCGCUUCAGAGGGACAGAGGAAGGAGGUCGAGAUGCUGCGGCUGGUUGUAGAGUCAGCCAACAUUGAACCUCCCAAAAGCCCCCCACCCCAACUCUGCAUGUCCAUCUACUUCAGAGAUUUCAAGAAGAGAACCCAAGAGAUGGAAGGGAACAACCCUAUAUGGAAUGAGACCCUGAUCUGGCACCUCUGGAACUGGCCCCUGGAGAAUGACGAUUACCUGCAAGUCAUCCUUCGGGACAUGAACGCAACAAAGAAAGAAAGGUUCAUUGGGUUGGCCACAAUACCGCUCAAACCCUUGGUAAGUAAACCAAGUAGAGUCCUUUUUGUGAAGAACCUGAAGUUGCUUGACCGCUCCAGGAUGCCUACCGCUUGCACUGUCAACCUACAGGUGACCCAAAUGACCAAGCAUGAUAUUAAGAAGAUAGGGAAAGAAGAUCAGCUGGGCAUAAGUGAAUUAGUGGCGGCCAGACAGAAAUUGAUGGCCCCCACGUCCACUGUGCCCAAGGCUCUGUCCUCAAGACCUCAGCAUUUUCAGGUCCGAGUGAGGGUGUUUGAAGCCCGACAGCUCAUCGGCAAUAACCUCAAGGUGCUGGUGAAGGUGGUCAUCGGAGGCCACCAGUACCACACGCGGGUCCAGAUGGGAAGUAACCCUCUCUUCAAUGAGAUCUUCUUCCAGAAUUUUUAUGAGGUGCCUGCAAAGUUCUUCGAUGAGAUCAUCUUAAUCCAGGUGAUGAAUUCCGAGGUGCUGAGAUUCCACUCAGAGAUUGGGAGAUUCCAAACAGAUAUUGGGUUUAUCUACCAUUCCCCAGGUCACUCAUUCAUCAGGAAAUGGCUAGGCCUCUGUCAGCCAGAAAAUCCCAACACUGGCCUGAGAGGCUACCUGAAAGUCACCAUCUGUGCCUUCGGUGCAGGAGACCACGUCCCGGUAGAUCAAAAGCUGCCCUUUGAGACUGAUGACACCGAUACUCAGAUCUUCAAGUCAGCAGUGGUCCCUAUCACAGUGAUCUACUUACAAUUCUUCAUCUACUGUGGAGAAGACCUUCAUCUCAAGAAACACCACUUAGUGAGUCCUAUGUUGGAGGUGGAACUAGUUGGAGAAAAGCUCACAACCUUCGUGCAGACCAAAACUGAUAACCCCAUAUGGAACCAGAUCUUGACCUUGCCGGUUCAGAUGCCCUGCCUCUCCACCUAUAUCAAGUUCAGAGUCUUGGAUUGCCCCAGUAACAGUCUCCAGGAUGAGAUUGGGACUGUGACCCUGUGCCUCAACCAUAUCUCCUCUACUGGAGCAGAAGUAGAAGGAAUGUACUCUGGCUUCCUACCCUGCUUUGGCCCCAGCUUCCUGACUCUCCGUGGGGGUAAAAAGGCCCCUUUCAGGAUCCAGAACAAAGAGACUACUUUACCCAGCUCCAUUAAGGAUGGUUUAGCUUAUCGAGGGCGAAUCUUCAUGGAGCUAGUCACCCAUACCACACCCCAUCAAGAGGUUAGGAUGAAGAAUCUCUCUUAUGAAGUGACCAGAGUAGAGAAGCACAAGAACCGCCAAAAGUAUGGGUUAUGUGUCAUCUUCCUUUCCUGCACCAUGAUGCCCAACUUUAAGGACCUGAUCCAAUUUGAGGUCAGCAUCGGUCACUAUGGAAACAAGAUGGACCAGAACUACAAGCCUCUAGUCUCAACCACCCAGUACAGCCCGGUGAUAUACGAUGGAAACUUCUACCAUUACGUGCCCUGGUACAACACCAAGCCUGUUGUGGCCGUGACCUCCUACUGGGAGGACGUCAGCUUCCGCAUGAACUGCCUCAACCUCCUCCACAUCACUCGGGAUCGCCUGAAAGCAAAUCUGGACACCCUGAAAUCCAUGAGGAAUCCCAGGGACCCAGCUCUGCUCCCCCAGUGGAAGAAACUGCUGAAGGAGCUGGCGGAGGACUGCAAGCGCCCUCUGCCCUGCAUGACCCAUCAGCCCAAAGCCACUGAGCUGGACAAGAAGAGGUGGCAGCUCCGCAACCACCUCCUGAAGGAACUGGCUCAAAGCGCCAAGGAAGCCAAGCGCAGGAACAUGGUAGCCACCGUGGAGAGCUGGUUGUACCGCCUCAAUGCUGUGCUCCCUGAGCCCCAGGUGAGCAUCCCGGACGUGAUGAUCUGGCUGAUGGCCAAUGAGCAGCCGGUGGCCUUCGCACAGGUGCCCGCCCACAGCAUCUUGUUCUCCCCAGCGGGGACCCUUUAUUCUGGAAGAUUCUGUGGGAAGACACAGACCCUUCUCCUGCAGUACCCAGAGGGUGAAGGACAGAAGGACAUGCUCCCGGCCCACCUCCGAGUCUGCAUGUGGCUGGGCAACGUGAUGGACAGCAAGGCCCUGCAGCUGCUCCGCAGGGGCGAGAUGGUGGUGUACGCGGAGACGUACGAGAACGAAGCCAAGUACAAAGGCCAGUGGGGGCAGCAGGGGCUGCAUCACUGCCCCAACUUCUCAGACGCCAUGGGGCACAAGGCCCUCCCCAAAGAGGACUUCAAGGAACCCUAUGGAUGGCACUGGGAGGGGCAGUGGACAGUGGAGCCUCAGAGGAGACUCCUCCUGGACGUGGACAUCAACAAGAGCCAGGUGGUAGAGGAGGUGUACGAGAACCAGCAUCGAGACCUCACUGGGUUCUGGGUGUCGGCAGCCAUCCCGAACACUGAUUUGAAUGGACAGCCUGUAGAAGCCCGGGAGAACAUGAAGUGCCCCCAAGGCUGGCAUGUGAAGAAGAACUGGACUGUGGAGCUGAACCAUGCAGUGGACAACGAGGGCUGGGAGUAUGGAGUGGGGAUCCCGCCCUCGGGGCUCCCCCAGGUCUGGAACUCGGUGGAGAAGACCUACUACUCAUGUCGCCGGCGGCGCUGGGCACGGGUGCGCUUCAGGGACCGUGGAAACCUGAGUUACGAACAGGAGACCCUCUCCUUUCUGCAGCUGCACCAGUCCAGCCCAGCAGCGGAGGAGGGCUGGGAGUAUGGCAGCUUUGGCUCCAAGUUCCACCUGAACCCUCAGCCUCAAAGUCAGUUCCGUCGCCGCUGCUGGCACCGCAGGCUGGCCCCCAACAAAGAGAAGGACGUUGCACCCAUAUUCCUCCUGGAGGGAUCGUUGGUAAAGCCUCAGUGGCCUGGAAGACUCCUCCCACCCCCCAUGGCCUCACUUCUCAGAGAGCCAGGGCCUGACCUGGGUGUGGGCCACCAGCCAGAGAUGCCCCAGCUUGGGGCUGUGAGAGAGGGGGGGCUUCUGGGUCUCAGAUCCACAUUCUUGGGCUUUGAAGGACAGAAAAGGGUGGACUGGGCCUGGGCUAAAGGAGACAGGGAAAACACCCAGACACCUGAGAAGAGAUUGUCCUAGGAACACAGGUUGGAAAUGGAACAUCAGGCUAAGAUGGAAACGCACAAGAAGCCAUCUCGGAGUAUCUCCAGAUCAUUCAUGGACUCCUUGAGGUCGUACCUGGAGACCCCCCACGCACCCAACCUACCCUUCAUCUACUGUGUCUUCAACAAGCCCCACUACUACCAGCUUUUCUGCUACAUCUACCAGGCCCGGAAACAGAUGUCCACCCAGAUCCAGACAUUCCAGGGACCCUUCGUACGGGUGAUCUUCUUGAACCACAGCCAGUGCACCCAAAUCCUAAGGAGCUCUGCAGCCCCAACGUGGGACCAGACAAUCAUCUUUCAGCAUCUCCUCCUAUAUGAGAAUCCCCAAGACACCAAAGAGAGCCCUCCACUUGUGGUGUUGGAACUGUGGCAGCGAGACUCCUGGGGCAAGGAGAGCUUAUGGGGACGGAGCAUGUGGCCCCCGGAGGUUUGGCUGGAUGUCCAAAAGCGGAUGCUGCCACCCAUGAGAUGGCACCCACUUAUAAGAGAGUUGGGAGAUGAAGACGGGGAGAUCUUGGCAUCCUGUGAGCUGAUCCUGGAGACUGAGAGUCUCAGAGAGAAGGUGCCAAUCUUUAGUGUUCCUUGGAAGAAUGGGUUCUACACACUCCCCAGGAGCAUCCAGCCCACCCUAAGGAAAAUGGCUAUUGAGCUCUUGGUCUGGGGUCUGCGGAACAUGAAGCAGGUGCACUCCCCCCAGCUCGUGGUGGAAUGCUGGGAAGAGUCCCUGCAGACAGAACCCAUCAGGAACUUCCAGGCCAACCCCAACUUCACGGAAUCAGUCCUCUUCCUCACGCUGUACAUGCCUGUGGAGGAGACCUACGUGCUGCCCCUCGUCUUGAAGGUGGUGGAUGUGCAGGACUUUGGCCAGCGGACCGUGGUGGGUCAGACCAGCAUUGACUCCCUACAACCCUACUUCUGUGACCCUUGGGCUGCAAACUACAUGUCCCAACGGCUUCCAAUGCUGACUAUGAGAAAGUGCCACACGCUCCUAGAUCACUUCUGUGGAAAGUUCUGGUUCAAGUCCAGCAAGCAUGAGGAUGAAUAUGAGCAUGAGGUAGACUGGUGGAGCAAGCUGUUCUGGGCCACAGGAGACACUCCUAAGUCCCUGAUAUACAAGUACAAAGGCUUCUAUACUCUGAAGGUGUAUGACUGUGAGCUGGAGGCUGUGCCAGCCUUCCAAGGCCUGCAGGACUUCUGCCAGACCUUCAAACUCUACCAGGAACAGCCCAAGGUGGACAGCCCUGCAGUGGGGGAGUUCAAGGGCCUUUUCCGUGUCUACCCCUUCCCUGAGAAUCCAGAAUCCCCUAUACCCCCGCGCCAGUUUGUGACCGGGCCCGAGAAAGAGGACUUCCCUCAGCAGUGCGUGGUGCGGGUAUACGUGGUUCGAGCAAGUAACCUGCAGCCCCAAGACUACAAUGGCAUGUGUGACGCUUAUGUGAUCCUGAAACUGGGACAGACAACGCUUGGCAACCGGGAUGAGUACAAGGCCAAUACUUUGGAUCCCAUCUUUGGCAUGAUGUUUGAACUGAACUGCACCAUCCCCCUGGAGAAGGACCUAGAGAUCCAGUUAUAUGACUUUGACCUAUUGUCACCUGAUGAUAAGAUUGGAACCACAGUCAUCGAUCUUGAAAACCGACUCCUAUCUAGCUUUGGAGCUCGUUGUGGGCUCUCCAAAUCCUAUUGCAUAUCAGGGCCCUUCAGGUGGCGGGAUCAGAUGCCCCCAAGCGUCCUCUUGGAAGACCACGCCAAGCGGAAAGCGCUGCCUGCCCCUCAGUUCAGCCCUGAGGAAGACUCUGUUUAUUACAACGGGAGAAACUUCAAACUGCAAAGCUUUGAGCCCCAGGGCCCUAAAGCUCCUUUUCUGGGACCUCAGAAAGAACGCCUUGCACUGUACGUCCUGCACACCCAGGGACUGGUACCUGAGCAUGUGGAGACCCGCACACUGUACAACGACAGCCAGCCAGGUAUCGACCAGGGGAAGGUGCAAAUGUGGGUGGACAUCUUCCCCAAGAAGCUUGGGCCUCCUGGUCCCCCAGUCAACAUCAGACCCAGAAAGCCUAGAAGGUAUGAGCUGCGCUGUAUUAUCUGGAAAACUGCCAAUGUGGACCUGAGUGACAUCAGCUUAAGUACUGAGAGGAUGAGUGACAUCUACAUCAAAGGGUGGUUAUUCGGGCUAGAGAAGGACAUGCAGAAGACAGAUAUCCACUACCGCUCCCUGACUGGGGAUGCCGACUUCAACUGGAGGUUCAUCUUCACCUUGGACUACCUGGCAGCUGAGCGUGUGUGCGUCCUGAGUCAGAAGGAUUACGUCUGGAGCCUGGACCCCACGGUGAUGAAGUUCCCGGCUCGGCUCAUCAUCCAGGUCUGGGACAACGACGUAUUCUCCCCUGAUGAUUUCCUAGGGGUCCUGGAGUUGGAUUUGUCUGACAUGCCCCUCCCAGCCAAGCACGCCAAACUGUGCUCCACCAGGAUGAUGGAUGUCGACGCGAACUUGCCCCAAUUCCUCCAAAACCAUUACUUCUCCCUCUUUAAGAAGAAGACUGUAACUGGCUGGUGGCCUUGCCAGGUCCUCGAUAAUGGCAAAUGGCGCAUGUCGGGUAAAGUGAAGAUGACCCUGGAGAUUCUGUCAGAGAAGGAUGCUUUAAUCAAGCCAGCAGGACGAGGCCAAUCAGAACCCAACCAAUACCCUACACUUUAUCCUCCCCUACGCAUCAACAGCUUUUCCAUGUGGCUGCAUUCACCUAUUCAAACUUUCUGCCAUGUUUUCUGGAAGCGCUAUCGCUAUAAGAUCAUUUUCGUCGUAAUCAUGCUGGUUAUAGUGCUUGUACUGUUCAACUUCAUCUAUUCAACUCCGAACUACUUGGCCAUGAACUGGGUCAAACCUGAACUUCGGCUGACUGCUCCCAUGAAAAUACUCAGCAAUAUCUUUGGUUUUGGCAAUUCCAAUACUUCCAAGGCCAACCCAGAAGUGAACCCAGAGCCUACAAUAGACCAUGAGUUGAAAUUCCUCCAGGAACCCAUGAAUCACCUGAGAGAUAUUUUUCCAGAACCUCCAGCCCCACAAAACUAGUUCUCGCAUGUUUGCCUGGCAUUUCUCCUACCCACUAUCAGCUCUACCCUUGGGCUUUCCACCAGUUACUUGUUUCUAUCUUCUAGAAUAUAUGCAAGGGACUAGGGAUAAUCUGGCCAUUUUGCUUAGAAACCACUUCCAACGGGAAGGGCAGGGUUGCAAUUUUUCAUGAAAAUAAAUAAGUUU